AUUACAUUUUACAUCAUAAAUCAUUUCAUUUUGUAUUUGGCUAAGUAUCAGAGCGUUAUCAAAUCGGCUUACGAAUUAAAUCACACCGAUAUAUUUUUGUAUAAAAAUCUCGCAAGGUAUUCGCAUAGAAAUACACAGAUAAGCACUUCUAAUCAUGGCUGAGGGAAAAGCUGACAUUGCACUCAUUGGUCUGGCCGUGAUGGGUCAAAACUUAAUUCUGAACAUGAAUGAUAAGGGCUUUGUGGUUUGUGCCUUUAACAGAACAGUUUCGAAGGUGCAAGAAUUCUUGGACAAUGAGGCUAAAGGGACAAAGGUUAUAGGCGCAACAUCUUUGGAAGAUAUGGUGGCAAAACUCAAAAAACCUAGAAAAGUAAUGCUGCUGGUUAAAGCUGGUUUUGCUGUGGAUGAAUUUGUGAAAAAAUUGAUACCACUCCUAGAGAAAGGCGAUAUCAUCAUUGAUGGUGGUAAUUCACAAUACUUGGACACGCAAAAGUGGUGCAAGGAAUUGGCACCCACCGGGAUUUAUUAUGUUGGCAUGGGUGUAAGUGGCGGUGAAAUUGGUGCCAGAUAUGGGCCCUCUCUGAUGCCGGGUGGCCACGAAGCUGCAUGGCCACAUAUUAAACCGAUAUUCCAGGCCAUUAGUGCUAAGGCGAAUAAAGAGCCGUGCUGUGAUUGGGUGGGUGAUGAUGGCGCUGGUCAUUUCGUCAAAAUGGUCCACAAUGGUAUUGAGUAUGGAGAUAUGCAGCUCAUUUGCGAAGCUUACCAUCUGAUGCGAGAUGUUGCUGGAUUAAAACAAGAAGAGAUGGCGCAAGUGUUUGAUAAUUGGAACAAAGGAGAUCUGGAUUCAUUCCUCAUUGAAAUCACCAGAGACAUUCUCAAAUACAAGGACACUGAUGGAAAUUACCUCUUGCCUAAAAUCAAGGAUACUGCUGGACAAAAGGGCACCGGGAAAUGGACAGGAAUCAGUGCUCUGGAAUACGGGGUUCCCGUCACUCUAAUCGGAGAAGCUGUGUUCGCACGCUGUUUGUCUGCUCUCAAAGAUGAGAGAAGCAAAGCGAGCGCUAUACUGCCGGGGCCUUCAUACAAAUUUUCUGGCAACACAAAGGAAUUUUUGGAUCAUCUGAACAAGGCGCUGUACGCUAGCAAGCUUAUAUCUUACGCACAAGGAUUUAUGUUACUUCGUGAAGCCGCCAAGGUGAAUAAGUGGAAUUUGAACUACGGUAGUGUGGCUUUGAUGUGGCGCGGUGGUUGCAUCAUCAGAAGUGCUUUCCUGGGCAACAUCAAGGACGCUUACUCGAAGAACCCUCAGCUAACAAACUUGCUGCUGGAUCCUUACUUCAGUGAGCGUAUCAGCGCGGCGCAAGGGUCGCUGCGGCAGGUGGUGGCGCAGGCGGCGCUGGUGGGCGUCCCGGCGCCCGCCUUCGCCGCCGCGCUGUCCUUCUAUGACGGCUACAGAUCCGCCGUACUGCCGGCUAACCUCCUGCAGGCACAACGGGACUAUUUCGGCGCCCAUACUUAUGAGCUGCUAAGCAAGCCCGGCGAAUUCAUUCACACCAACUGGACUGGCCUCGGAGGUAACGUGUCGGCUUCCACGUACAACAACUAGAAGCGACCGAUGCACAGCUCGCACCUCAACUUUGUCCGUUUUACAAUGUCCGAGUAGAUGUGUGGUAUCGCACAAAUACUGUUCAUGUAAAUUAAUGUUGGCAACACCUACAAAUAGCGGUGGCGCCUAGCCUUUUCACCAGUGACAAUGUUCAUUUAUUAUAAUGGUAUAUCAUUUAGAAUGGCUUUAUUGAAAUGUGGUUGCAGGGUGUUAUGCAUUAACUGGCAGUUAUUUGCUUGAAUAUUGUUGAGAGGCUCUUAAAACAGAGCUACAAUAUGUACAUUAAAUAAGCUUUCGUAACGAUAAUGUUUUUGUUGAGGCUGUUGAUUUUCCUGUUUUAAUUAAGUAUGAACAUAAUGGGCUAGUGAAUCAACAAGUUUAAAAAGUAUACAAUUUUAACUUUUUACUAAGGUUAGCUUUGGUUUAAAUUUUAAAUUAAGAUUAUUAAAUGAUGCAUAUUAGAUUUGUGUGUAAGUUAUUAUGGUCUACAUGGGUCGCACUGGGUAUGGUAUUCAAGAAUAGGUGUACUAAUUUUGUAAUGUUUUUCGCCUCGCCUAGUACGCGUUAUUAUAAUACUAAUAGUCUACAUUUCCUAGGGAUUUUUCAUGUAGUUUGUGAAUUGUGACAUUCCAUGCUGUAAAGGCAUUUAAAAUUUGUGAUAAUGUUAAUUACUGUGGAUGUUGAACAUAAAUUAUUCCAAAUUAUUUUUAUAUGUCAUACAUUGUAUGUGUUACACGUUUUACAGUUAGUGUUGUGAAGUUUAUACACAGUAAUAUGUAUUUUUGAACUUUUACAAAUAUAUUUUCGUAUUUA